AUGGCGAGGCUCUGCCGGCGCGUCCCUUGCACCCUGCUUCUCGGCCUGGCCGCGGUGCUGCUGAAGGCGCGGCUCGUCCCCGCGGCCGCCAGAGCCGAGCUUAGCCGCUCCGACCUCAGUCUCAUCCAGCAGCAGCAGCAGCAGAAGCAGCGGGAGGAGGCUGAGGAGGAGAGACUAGAGGGGCCUGGAGCAUCCUCCACCUUAGCCGUUCCAGUGUCUGUAUUUAUGCUGAAAGUCCAGGUGAAUGACAUCAUCAGUCGUCAGUACCUGAGUCAAGCAGUUGUAGAAGUGUUUGUAAACUACACAAAGACAAAUUCCACAGUAACUAAAAGCAAUGGAGCAGUGUUGAUAAAAGUACCCUAUAAAUUAGGACUCAGCUUAACUAUUAUUGCUUACAAAGAUGGCUAUGUGUUGACCCCUCUGCCUUGGAGGACCGGAAGAAUGCCAAUCUAUUCAUCAGUUACACUGUCUCUGUUCCCGCAAAGCCAAGCAAAUAUAUGGCUAUUUGAAGACACUGUUUUAAUUACUGGAAAAUUAGCUGAUGCCAAAUCUCAACCAAGCGUUCAGUUUUCAAAAGACUUAAUUAAACUUCCUGACAACCAUCAUAUCAGCAAUGUGACCGGCUAUCUUACAGUUCUACAACAAUUUUUGAAAGUGGACAAUUUUCUGUAUACAACUGGAAUUACUCUCACUAAACCAGGUUUUGAAAACACUGAAUUGACUCCUCUUGCUGCAAUAUGUGUGAAAAUAUAUUCUGGAGGAAAAGAAUUAAAGGUGGAUGGCUCUAUUCAAGUUUCUCUUCCCCUUCUACAUACAAAUGAUAUAAGUGUGGGGGACCGCAUACCUGCUUGGACAUUUGAUAUGAACACGGGUGCUUGGGUAAAUCAUGGCCAGGGAGUGGUCAAGGAAUAUAACAAUCACUUAAUUUGGACAUAUGAUGCAUCACAUUUGGGUUACUGGAUAGCAGCUCCACUUCCAGGAAUGAGAGGUUCAGGUAUAAAUGAAGAUUCCAAAGAUGUAACUGCCUACCACACAGUGUUUCUUACAGCCAUAUUAGGAGGAACAAUAGUCAUUGUCGUUGGAUUUUUUGCUGUACUACUCUGUUAUUGCAGGGAUAAGUGUGGUACUCCACAGAAAAGAGAAAGAAAUAUCACUAAACUUGAGAUCCUCAAGAGAGACCAGACAACUUCAACCACACACAUAAAUCACAUCAGUUCAGUCAAAGUUGCAUUAAAAUCUGAGGACAAGUCGCAGUUAUUCAAUGUCAAAAACUCAUAUAGUCCUCAAAAAAAGGAACCUUCCAAGACAGAAGCAGAAGAAAGAGUUUCCAUGGUAAAAACUCGGGACAAUUUUAAAAUCUACACUGAGGAUGUUUCAUUUCUAUCAGGCAAUCAAAAUAAUUACUCAAGAAACCCAACACAGUCUUUGGAGCCCAUUGUAGGGUCCAAACAACCUAAACAUAUUAACAGCAAUCUAGCUUCAUCUUUAGGUGAUGCUCAAGAGGAAAAGAGGUACCUCACAGGGAAUGAGGAAGUGUAUGGGCAUUCCCACAUUCCUGAACAGCUUAUGCAUAUCUACAGCCAGCCAAUUGCCAUCCUUCAGACAUCUGACCUUUUCUCCACUCCAGAGCAGUUACAUACUGCUAAGUCAGCUACUUUGCCAAGAAAGGGACAGUUAGUCUAUGGCCAAUUGAUGGAGCCAGUGAACAGAGAGAACUUCACACAGACAUUGCCCAAAAUGCCAAUGCAUUCUCACACACAGCCCCCAGAUGCCAGAGAAGAAGACACUGUACUUGAAGGUCAACAGAGCUUGCCAUCCCAGACUUCAGAUUGGAGCCGAUAUUCGAACAGCUUACUGGAAUCCGUCUCUGUUCCUGGAACACUAAAUGAAGCUGUUGUAAUGACUCCAUUUUCAUCAGAGCUUCAAGGAAUUUCAGAACAGACCCUUCUGGAGCUAUCCAAAGGAAAGCCCUCUCCCCAUCCCAGAGCCUGGUUUGUGUCUCUUGAUGGAAAGCCAGUUGCCCAAGUGAGGCACUCCUUUAUAGACCUGAAAAAGGGCAAGAGAGCCCAGAGCAAUGACACCAGCCUGGACUCCGGGGUGGACAUGAAUGAGCAUCACUCGAGUAGAAAGCUUGAGAGGGAGAAAACAUUCAUCAAAAGCAUGCAUCAGCCCAAGAUUCUUUACUUAGAAGAUUUAGACCUGAGUAGCAGUGAGAGUGGAACUACCGUCUGCUCCCCUGAGGACCCAGCUUUAAGGCACAUCCUAGAUGGAGGGAGCGGAGUGAUCAUGGAGCACCCUGGGGAAGAGUCCCCGGGAAGAAAAAGCACUGUUGAAGAUUUGGAAGCCAAUACAUCCCCCACUAAAAAAAGGGGCAGACCACCACUAGCCAAAAGAGAUAGCAAGACAAAUAUCUGGAAAAAGCGAGAGGAACGCCCGCUGAUUCCCAUAAAUUAA